CUGGAAGGCCUCAGGUGAGGCGGCUGUUUGAAACCCGACACCACAGAGACCGCAGAGAGAUUAAAACACACCUGGGGAGCCGGGCAGGUAGCGCUGCUGUGUUUGAAGGUGUGUGUGGUUUUUCCUUCAUGUGGUCCUGAGGUCACCAUGGCGACUCAUCAGGCUGGAGCUGCGGCGCUCCGGCGGCGGAUGUGCGGCUGUUUGCGGGCGAUUAAAGCCGAGUUAACCGAUGAUGAAAACAGAUUUAAACCUCAAGAGCUCUUCUAACGGAGUGAGGAAGUUUGUUUCUGUCAGCAGAGAAGAAGAAGAAAGGAGCUGAGCUUAGAUGGGAUUACAGGAAGCUGCUUUAAUCUACAGAUUAGACACAAACCCAUUUAAAUUAGCUCAAAAAACUGGAAAACAUUUCAUGAAAGAACAAGAUCAGAGAGAAAAUCUGACAUCCGUCCUUCUGUCUGGACUCAGAGAUGAAAGAAUGAAACCUCCUGCCUUUGACCUUUGACCUGAUGAAAGCCUGAAGUAAUGUUGGCUUGUGAGCUAAUCUUCUUAAAACAACAACAUUGUAACACACACACACGCACACAUGUGCGCACACACACACAUAAACACACACACACGCACACACACACACUUUAACUGAACUUUACUGCAAAAUGUGGCUCUGUUGGUUGACCAUAUUUUAGCAUCCUGCCGUUUCUCUCCAGUGGAUUUGAUUCCUGCAGCAGCUGCUGGAGUCCUGACCAGAACCAGAACCAGGAGGAUGGAGCACAUGGACCCGGUUGGUUCUUCAGUUCCUCACUGGCAUGGCGUGGCUGCUCCAGAGUCGCGCCUCUCCCAGGUUGGUGCUGGUCGUCGUCUGCGUUGCUCUGCUGCUUGACAACAUGCUGCUCACCGUUGUAGUCCCCAUCGUCCCGACCUUCCUGUACGCCAUGGAGCAUCCGGAACCGCAGACUGUCCCGCCCUCCCGGACCUCCAGCAGCAGAACCGCUGCCCCGGGUCCAGAGGCGCAGCAAAACCCCCGGCCGCCAUCCCUGGUGUCUUUAUUUAACAACGUGACCUUUGACCUGCAGGAGAGCCGAGCUGAGGCGACUGCAGAGCUGCUGCUGGCCAACCAGACCUCCAACACGUCGGACUCCUCUUGUCUUCAGGACAGUGUUUUCCUGGAGGAGGAAAAUGUCCGUGUUGGUUUGUUGUUUGCCUCUAAAGCUUUGGUCCAGCUGCUGGUCAACCCGUUUGUUGGUCCGCUCACUAACAGGAUCGGCUACCACAUCCCCAUGUUCGCAGGAUUCAUCAUCAUGUUUGUUUCCACCAUCAUGUUUGCUUUCUCAGGGUCGUACGCGCUGCUGUUCUUCGCUCGCUCUCUGCAGGGAAUCGGAUCGUCCUUCUCGUCUGUGGCGGGUCUGGGGAUGUUGGCCAGCGUCUACACCGACGAUGACGAGCGAGGCGUGGCGAUGGGCGUCGCCCUGGGGGGGCUCGCCAUGGGAGUCCUGAGUGAGACACACACACACACACACACACACACACACACACACACACACACACACACCAGGUGUGUUCCACUGCGUCAUGCUGCCUGUGUUUCAGUCGGAGCGCCGUUUGGCAGCGUGAUGUACGACUUUGUGGGGAAGAGCGCCCCCUUCCUCAUCCUGGCCUUCCUGGCUGUGUUUGAUGGAGCUUUGCAGCUGUGCAUCCUGCAGCCUUCUAAGAUCUGCCCUGGGAGCGUGGAGGGAACGCCGCUACUGACCCUCCUGAAAGACCCGUACAUCCUGAUCAGCGCAGGGUCUCUGUGCUUCGCCAACAUGGGCGUGGCCAUCCUGGAGCCCACGCUGCCCAUCUGGAUGAUGCAGACCAUGUGUUCCCCCAAGUGGCAACUGGGAAUGGCCUUCCUCCCGGCCAGCGUCUCCUACCUGAUCGGAACCAACCUGUUUGGACUUCUGGCCAACAAGAUGGGACGGUGGCUCUGCUCCAUGGUGGGAAUGUUCGUCGUGGGCGUCAGCCUGCUGUGUGUUCCCUUCGCCACCAGUAUCUACGGUCUGAUUGGUCCAAACGGCGGCCUGGGCUUUGCUAUCGGGAUGGUGGACUCCUCCAUGAUGGCCAUCAUGGCGUACCUGGUGGACAUCCGCCACGCCUCGGUGUACGGCAGCGUGUACGCCAUCGCCGACGUGGCGCUCUGCAUGGGCUUCGCCGUCGGCCCGUCCACCGGGGGCGCUCUGGUCCAGGCGGUGGGCUUCCCCUGCCUCAUGGUGUUCAUCGGGGUGAUCAACAUCCUGUACGCGCCGCUCUGCUUCCUGCUGCGAAACCCGGCGGUUCGGGAGGAGAAGAUGGCGAUCAUCGACCAGGAGCGCGUGACGCGCCGCAGGAGCUACAGCGCAGACCGGCGCCACUUUCCUCUCAGCGAAGACGAAGACGAGGAGGAGGAGGAGGAGACGGAGGAGUGAGCCGCUCGUCUUCCCGCUUCCUGUCCGGCCGGCUCGCUUCCGGUUCCUUGUGUUGUUUUGUGUUUGUGCAAAAAU